AUGUGUUACGCCGACGACACAUUAAUUCUUUCGAGAAAUCGCGAUGAGGAGGAGGCGGCUUUAAACGCCUCUCUUGCUGCCGCGACAGUGUCGCAACGGAUCGCGCCACUGGGACUCACCCUCGCGGCCCAGAAGACGGAGACGGUUGUCUUCCGCCCCCAGGGGGUCGCGGGGGAUCCGGUACGGGUGUUGGUGGAUGGGGCCCAGGUGGACACACGACCGUGUAUCAAGUACCUGGGCCUCAUGGUGGACGGAAAAUGGUCCUUUAAGGACCACUUUGACUAUGCAGCAGCCAAGGCUCGGAAGGUGGCUGCCGCGCUGGCUCAUCUGCUCCCCAACUUGGGAGGUCCCCGGGAGCACGUACGCAAGUUAUACCUGGCCGUCGUACACUCUGUGUUGAUGUACGGCGCGCCAGUGUGGUACGAGGCGCUGGGCCGGGGCCGUGGUGCCCUACGCUGCCGUGCAACGCCUAAUGGCGUCUAG